GGGCGGAACCUGAUCGCGUAGCUAGUACCGCCCCCGCAGCAAGAGCGGAGCACGCAGCUGUCACGGCCGCCUCCGUCUCUGCCCCGCGGACAAGAUGACCAUCCGGAGGCCUGCGGGAGCCUCCGGCGGCGCCCAGUGGAGCCGUCAGGUAUUUCCCCCCAAAUCCUCCUCAGACUCGGAGACAGAAGAGGAGCUGUCUGUGGAUGGGCUGGUUUUGCCCAGGGCUGGCAAACUGGAUGACUUCCUCAGCCCAGGGGACUUGACGCUUUCUGACUCUUCUGACUCAAGUGGGAGCUUUUACAAGACCCUGGAUGUACUAAAGCAGAAAGGCAGGUGGUGCCUGUUGGAAUCCCUUUAUCAGUCUGACCUAGACAUCGGUGAGAACGUCUCCGAAGAUGAUGAAGACCUGGAGAGUUUCUUCCAAGACGUAGGCAGGGGGAAGCCACAGGUCCAAUACCCCCUGUCUCCGAGGUGUGGCUCCACAAGGCGCUGCAGCUCCCUGAGCAGCCUGCCCUCUGACGAUCCCAAGGGUCAGCCGCAGCCACGUUCAGGCUCCAGGCCUCCCUCGCAGCACAGAAGCACCUGCUCCUGGGCAUCAACCAUCACUGUCCCCCGGCCGUUCCGCAUGAUGCUGCGUGAGGCCCAGAAGAAGGCCCAGUGGCUGGCCUCCCCUGCUUCCUUCGAGCAGGAGAGGAAGCAGGCCCAGCGGCAGGGUCAGGAGGAGGCUGAGUGCCACCGGCAGUUCCGGGCGCAGCCCGUGCCUGCGCACGUCUACCUGCCCCUCUACCAGGAGAUCACUGAGCGCAACGAGGCCCGCAGGCAGGCAGGGAUCCAGAAGAGGAAGGAACUGCUCCUCUCCUCCUUGAAGCCCUUCAGCUUCCUAGUGAAGGAGGAACAGAGAAAGGAAGCCGCUAAACAGAGGGAGUUGGCCGCCACAGCCAAGGCCAAGGUCCCCAAGCAGAAAGCCACCAGAAGGAUCCCCAAGUCCAUUCUGGAGCCAGCCCUCGGGGACAAAUUCCAGGAAGCAGAACUCUUCAGGAAAAUUCGCAUCCAGAUGAGAGCCCUAGACAUGCUCCAGAAGGCUUCCUCCCCUAUCGCCUCGUCAGGCAGCCGGGCUGACCCACAACCUCGCACAGCUACCCGAACCCAGAAGGAAAAGCUUGCAUUUCUGCACACAGACUUUGGAUUCCAGCCUCGUGUGAAUCCUGCCAUCCCUGACUACGAAGGCCUUUACAGGGCCUUCCAGAGAAGAGCUGCCAAGAGAAGGGACACCAGAGAAGUGACUCGCAACAAGCCCUUCUUGCUGAGAACCAGCAGCCUGCAUCGCGCUCAGCGGCCCUGUGACGCCGCCACGCCUGGACGGCGGAGGGACUCUCCACAGCCACCAGCCACACCCCUGCCAAGGAGUCGUUCUCUGAGUGGCCUUGCUUCCCUCUCUGCCAACACCCUCCCUGUGCACAUCACAGACGCCACCAGGAAGAGGGAAUCUGCAGUCAGAAGUUCACUCGAAAAAAAGGACAAAGCAGAUGAGAGUACUCAGUGGUUGGAGAUGCACAAAAAGAAGUGUCAAGCGAUGUCCAAAUCUGUGACCUUGCGUGCAAAAGCCAUGGAUCCCCAUCAAAGCCUGGAGGAGGUGUUCAAAGCAAAGCUGAGAGAGAAUCGGAACAAUGACCGUAAAAGAGCAAACGAGUAUAAGAAAGAAUUGGAAGAAAUGAAGAAAAGAAUACAGACAAGGCCCUAUCUCUUCGAACAAGUUACCAAGACAGAGAGAGACAUGGAGAGCAAAGGCAGCGGGGAGGGUCCAACGGAGAAGGAGAACCAGGCUCCCCGCUGAGCAGGAAGCCCGACACGGGACUCGAUCCCAGGACCCUGGGAUCAUGUCCUGAGCCAAAAGCAGAUGCGUAAUCGACUGAGCCACCCUAGGCAUCCCAAGUCAUUGAACACUUUAAUAUCUGGGUAUUAAACAUUUCCUUGAGCCUCAAAAAGAUUCUAAAUUGGGGCUGUUUUAUUAACUACCAUCCCCCCUCCCCCAAAUAAGUAGUGCAGUGGUGAAUGUUGCUUGGACUGAUUUC